UCUACGAGUCCUCACGAAGAUCGUAUUGUCAUGUGACGGUGAACUUUCAAUCACGAGAGUUUCGUUUCCUUGUUGACGAUCACGGACACCGUCUUAGUUAAAAGAUAGCCAAAACAGUCUGUGACAGAAAGAGCUACCACCCAGCGAUGUCAGCACCACCGCCACCAUAUUCUGCUGCGGGGCCCCCUGCUGGAGCCUACCAACCCCAACAAGGCUAUGGAACCACAGCUGGGGGCUAUGGAACCCCAGCUGGGGCCUACCAACCUCAACCAGGCUACGGCCCCCCUGUGGGACCAUACGAACCGUCCAAGGGCAUGGCUCCUCCCCCGGGGCCCCCAGCUGGGGCCUACCAACCUCAACCAGGCUACGCCCCCCCAUACGAUCCGUCCAAGGGCAUGGCUCCUCCCCAGGGGCCCCCAGCUGGGGCCGUUCCCAGCUACCAGAACUACAGCGUGACCGUCUCCCAACCAACGUCCCAGGUUGUUGUAGUAGGCGGAUGCCCAGCUUGUCGCGUGGGGAUCCUUGAAGAUGACUUCACCUGCCUUGGCGUCUUGUGCGCCAUCCUGUUUUUCCCACUCGGUAUUUUGUGUUGUCUGGCAAUGAGACAGAGACGCUGUGCAAAUUGUGGAGCAAUCUACGGCUAGAAAUCCAAUAAUACCUGCCUUCAACAUAGAGAACCGUCACAACAGCUCACCAACAUAUUUCACAUAUUAGAUGCUUUGCUGCAUAUUUAUCACCCGGCACAGGUGGCCCAGUCGCCUAAGGUUCCGCAAUUCGCUGUGCAGAGUUGCUUCCCAUGGGCAAGCCAGAAACCUAUGAUUGUGGGUUCAAAUCCCGGUUUGCCCCGAUUAUGUUUCUAGGUUUGUCAGCACCAUACCCAUGCUCGUGGGUUUCACCGAAGUUGUAAAUGUCUGAGACCUGCAUCACUUAGGGCUUUCCUCCCACAUCAAGCUGACACGCCGUGAUAUAACUGUAAUACUGUUAAAAGCGGCGUUAAGCCCACCUCACUCACUGUUUGUCAUCUUCUGAUGAUUGUUUCUAUCUGGUCUGGUGGGGAGAUGUGCCAGAACCUGCUGGUCCAUGGUUUUGAAUUCCAGAUGUAUCUGAGAAUAAUCUUUGGUUUGUCAGCACCAUGCCCAUGCGUGUGGUUGACAUUUGUGGCCUGGGUUGUGUUGGUAGAUAUAACAAGCUGUGAUUAAUAUCAGACUACUUUAUGUAAAAUUACUACAUAUAUGAAGAAGACUGUUGUUCUUAUAUACACUUGGCGUGAGGCUGUGACCAAUGUGUUUGUUGAACCCUGGGCUGGGGCUUUCCUCUUCCCCUAGCUGACACACUGUCAUGUGACUGAAAGACUGUCCCAAACGGUGUGUGUACACCCACCCACUUUCACUUUCAUUUCUUCUUUGGACCUUUUAGAUCAUUUCAAAAGCAGAUACCGGUGUGUUGUUUGUCAAAGCAGAUACCGGUGUGUUGUUUGUCAAAGCAGAUACCGGUGUGUUGUUUGUCAAAGCAGAUACCGGUGUGUUGUUUGUCAAAGCAGAUACCGGUGUGUUGUUUGUCAAAGCAGAUACCGGUGUGUUGUUUGUCAAAGCAGAUACCGGUGUGUUGUUUGUCAAAGCAGAUACCGGUGUGUUGUUUGUCAAAGCAGAUACCGGUAUGUUGUUUGUCAAAGCAGAUUCAUCAGGGAUUCUUCUAGAAUUCCAAACGAAGUGAAAAAACGUUUCUUUAAAGUUCUUGUUUUCUUAAAUUGAGGGGUAUGUUAAUUUUUCAUUCAAUGUCAAAAUGUAAAACUGAACAUUAAAGAAUCUCAUUGUUUAUUGGUCCUGGUAUCCGUGACCUGCAAGUCCCCUCUGGUAUCGCUAACAUAGUGCUUACUCCAUAAUACUGACUGAGUAUGGUUUUACGCCGCUUUUAGCAAUAUUCCAGCAAUAUCACGGCGGGGGACACCAGAAAUGGGCUUCACACAUUGUCCCCAUGUCGGGAAUCGAACCCGAGUCUUUGGCGUGACGAGCGAACGCUUUAACCACUAGGCUACCCGACCGCCCCUACUCCAUAAUAACAGUAUUUGGCAAAUGGUUAAUUCCAGUUGUGUAAUUUUGACUGAUAUUUGCUUCAGACUUGGGGACGAAUAUUGCCUUCUGAACAGGCCUAAUUAAUUCUCAAAGAAUAUAUAUUUCACAAAUUUGUUUAUACAAAAUACCACAUGAAAUGUGGGCAUCUAAUAUGUUGAAGACUGUUGUGUGAUUAGUAUUUGGACGAUGUGACUUAAUCAAAAAAUGCUAGGAAGAUAUAUUUUGAUAUAUUGGGUGAUUUGGGCUAUCUUAUUUGUUAAGGGUUAUUUUGUAUGAAGGUUUAUUUGAAGAUGAAUCAUGAGGUGAUUAGUCAUUGUUUUUUUCAUUGCUUUCUUGUACAAAGUGAAAUAUAUGUAUUUGUAAGUGCUAGCAGACUUCAUGAAACUAUUGUCGAGAGAUUUUUACAGCAAGUCUUAGACAAGCCAGAAAUGUCUUUAGAACAUAUUUUUCCUGUGCUUUAAGCAUGUUAACAAUCGUUAAGCUUGGGCUUUGUUUAUCAUGUUUAUUUUAGGUUGUUAAAUAUGUAUUUUGUAUUGUUUUGCAUAUCAUUAUCAAGGCAUAGAGAAUACUAUUGAUUUGCUGUACUCUUGUGUUUUUCUUGUAAAUACUUCCAUGUUAACAGGGUUAAAUAGAACCAUUAUGUUAAAGUGUGAACGAUCAUCAGAAACAACCUUGAGACAACCCCUUGAAACUGAUAAUUGUCAAUGAAAUCUGUUGACUGUAAAGGCAGUCACUAGCCAUGGCUAUGCUGGUUGCCAUGGAUGUGCUGGUUGCCCUGGCUAUGCUGGUUGCCAUAGAUGUGCUGGUUGCCCUGGCUAUGCUGGUUGCCAUGGAUGUGCUGGUUGCCCUGGCUAUGCUGGUUGCCAUAGAUGUGCUGGUUGCCCUGGCUAUGCUGGUUGCCAUUGCUGUUUCUGAUUAUUAUGUAUCUAAUGUUAUAUACGUAGCCUGUUGUCUUUCGUGCCCAUUGUAUGUGCAAUGCCUUUUGCUAUAAAACUGUUUGCACCAGGCUAUGGGAGCUAUUGUGAUAGACCUGCCGAAGUUCUAUUGGUGGUGUUUGUGCUUGCGGCACAGUUGUAAGUAGAAGUAAGUCUCAAACGUUGCUUUCGUCAUAUGUAGCCAUGGUCAGUGAGCCUAUGGGAAAAAGAUGUGAUUACCCACCAACUGGAGGGUACCUUCACGACCUUGUGCCAUCAGCCUCUUGGUGGUGUUAUUUUUCUUUGUUUCGACUCCUUUGGCCUGUUCACUUGCCAUGUACAUUAAUUGAAGAUAUUUGUCUUGUCUUUUGGAAUCACUUGUUUAUCUCAUCGAAUGACCUUCAAACUUGAUAUUUUUGUGAAAGUGUCAACAUUACAGGUCACGAGACGGUCCACUUGACCGACAAAAGGAUAACAUGAGUAUGUCAACAGUGUGAAGGUCUUUUGCUGGACCUUGUUGUUUUGGGUCCAAAUUGUAUUUGUAUGGAUGGGGAGAGGAUCUGUGUCAUUAGAGCCCAUUUAUACAAAGCAUUACGACUAUUGAAAGUCUAUGUUGAGGUUAUGGCUCUGUGAUUGGUUUGUGCAAAGAACAGUGUAUAUUGCAUGAUAUGCAGGUACUCCCACAUAAUUUGUCACACAUUAAUAUAGUUAGCUACAAGGUACUUGCACGAUCAGUUUGUCACUGAUCACAUGUGUUACAUAGUAGUGUUGAUUAAUGCCAUGGUUAUUGGGAUCUAGGGACCAGAUGAAUUUUGAUUGGUAACAAUAAUUUUGAUCUUUUUUUAUGAAAAAAAUAUAAUGCUUGGUGUUAGUUAUCAUUCUUAAAUGUUUUAUAGAUGGCAAAUUAAUUGUCUGUUCCUCCUUGUGUGUAAAACUGUGUGUUAAAAUUAUUGUUAUAAAACCACUUUUCUUAAAAACGUGGCAGGUUCCUUGCUCUUCUGCCUUACUGGAUGGUAAUGAUAUCUGGUAUGGAUAUGUAGACUGAAUCUGAAUGAAACAAAAAUAAGCCAUGUACAACAGUUGGGGUCCAGUGGACCACCAAUGAUUAAUCUUAAGGGUCCUUGCAGGCAGUAUGAGGGUCCUGUAAAAUAAUGAAAUGGUAUAGUGUACUUUACAUUGUGAUGAUUACUUUAGAGCCUGGAAUGAAUCAAUGAUCAUGUGGACAGUGGUCAUGAUUGCUGGAUCGAAUAACAUACACCCAUAAGUGCUCUUGAUUCGCUGUAGGUCCAAUGAAUAUUACUGGCGUCCCUUGGGACACUGUAUAUAUUUUUUCUGUGUUCCUUCUCUACAUUUGUGCGUCGUGUAACACCCUGAUGUACAUUCCUACUGUAUAAAUGAUUAUGUUAUGAAUGAAAA